UAAAUGUGCACGGGACUUUGGUUCGGCGUGUUCGUAGAAUAUUUUAAGUCUGCUGGACGUUUCUUCUCUGUAACCUUGAAGUCUCGACAAGCUUUUAUUUUUGUUUUGUGUCUGGGAAGGAUGGGGAAACUAUUCCGCCCGCUUCUUUCGUCAGUAUUCGACAUCUGUUAGUAAUCAAAGGCAAACUUGAGGCUGCUAGUAAUUCGAUUAGUGAUUAACUCGAGGCUGCUGACUACAGAUGAGAACAUUUGCGUGAAAUCAGCUUUUUAGGGUUCUUUAUCGUGCGUUAAACGAGGCGACGGAGAGUCGGAACCGAGGGAUAAAACGCGUUUUCCGCCGGGCCCUUUUCCAGGAGGUGUGCGUUCUGCCGUUGCCGUGGCAGCCGGGCUCGGUGCGGUGGAGGCUGCGCUGCUGGCUGUCUGUGAUGGAUGUUCAGGAGAGAGGUCUGAUCGGUAGCGGGGAGAAUAUUGUUGAGAUGCAAGAUUUGGAUGAAGAGGAAUUUGCCGUCUCUAGGUCGUCAGACGCCGAUGCAGUGUUUGAUGCUGUCAUUGGAAACAUUGAGGAGAUCAUAAUGGAUGCUUUCCAGAGUCUUCAGCAGUCUUUCAUGGAGAAAUAUUACCUGGAGUUUGACGACUCUGAAGAGAAUAAGCUCAGUUAUACACCCAUUUUUAACGAAUAUGUUGAGCUCUUGGAGAAGUAUCUGGAACAGCAACUGAUGGAGCGAAUUCCUGGCUUCAACAUGAAUGAUUUCACACAUUCGCUGAAUCAACACAAAGAUGAAGUCUCAGGGGAUAUAUUUGACAUGCUGCUCACCUUUACAGACUUUAUGGCCUUUAAAGAGAUGUUCCUUGAUUACAGAGCAGAACGUGAGGGACGAGGGCUGGACCUAAGCAGUGGCCUGAUGGUGAAAUCUUUGAGUUCGGCUACUUCUGCAACGGUCACUUCCAGUACAUCGUCAGGGUCCCUCUGAGCCAAGGAGUGACUAGGUGUCAUAUAUCUCAUACAGUAAAUUCCUCACUCACAUACACUCUUUAAAAAGAUGGUUCUUCAAGGGUUCUAUGGUUCUGUGUAGAAGCAUUAACACUCAAACACCUUUUGCAUGAUUAAGGGGUUCUUUGCAUCGUGAAAGGAUUCUUCAGAUUGAUGAGGAAAGUGCUGCAGGUAUUUCUAUAUAGAACCUUUUUGAAAAGGGUUCCAUUUAGCACCAAAACGGGUUUUCUCUUGUUAUUAUAUCAAGCUUGUAACAAUUCAUCAACUCCUGUCGGUGCUACAUAGAAUGCUUUAAUCAUGCAAUGGGUUCUUUAAGUGUUCAUGGUUCUGUAUAGAGCCUCUUUUCCUUACUUAAGAAGCUUUGAAGAAGUGCGUGCUCCUUGCAUCAUAGCUGUUUCAAAGACCCCAGCAUCACAUUUACCUUCCCUCAGCCGUGUAGGCAGUUUUGCUCCAGGUUCGGAAGCUUAGUUUACUGCCAUACUAGCUCAAUGAUGGAGACUGAGUUUGCUUUGGUUUAAUAUUUAAACUUGACAUUACAUAAUAGGUCCUGCUUUUGUUGUGGUUCCUCCCACAGUAUUUCAAAGGUUUACUAAGAGACUCACAUUUGUAGUUGGUGUCACUGUCUGUGAUAUUUGAUUAUAGCUUUAUUACAGGUAGAUGUAGUAUCUGCUGUAUUGCGAGUGAAGCCUUUGCUGUAUGUGUGCUGUUUUUUUGAACAGGUGUAAAAUUGACUUCAGCGAGGAACAUUUUCAUACCCUUACCACUCCUUCGCGCCCUCCUGUGUUUGAUGACUUAUGAUUUACAUCAUAAAAAUUUACUUGCACCUCAUUCAAUCAAAAGGGCUUCUAAAAUCCAUAGAAAGCACCAAGAGACGUGGCUGCUGCCGUUGAAUGGUUUAUCUUGGAUGUAUUGUAAACAGUUUAUUGUUCAGGCUGAAAAAGGCUCACAGGACAUCUUGCUGAAGUAACACGCUUACGCCUGCGUUGCCAAGAGUGUUUCUAUGACUGCUAAGCAUAUGUGGGGGGGGAGAAACGGGCAUAUGCACCAAUUACAGAUUACAGACCUUUUCUAAUUUUUAUACCAGAUGUAAUCUAUCAUAUUUUGUGAUACGUUUAAAGCAAUUUUUGCUCUUUUUUUUUUUUUUUUUUUGUCAGUUUGUCUUGCUCAGCUCCCAAAUGUAGCCUGUCAGGAGAUGAAAAACCCCAAAAAUUCAAUCCCUUGCUUAAUUUUGGAGAUGUUUCGACGGCCUGAAUGUUCUACCAUGUCUGUUGAUCGAGUGUGUAAAGUUUUUACCUAAGGAGUGCUUCAUGUGUUUGCAUUAGACUUUCAUUGUAUGUGUAAAUAUGCAUGUAAGAAGAAAUAAAUGUAAGUUAAUUGACAUGCAUCAAAA